AAUCUGUAAUACAUGUUCCACUGUGCUUCAAUUUUAUAACCUAUAAUUUAAUAAUUUAAUGUUUUUAUUUUUCCAAAUCUUUUCCGAUUAGUAUCAGUUAAUCGAAAAGUUUAGUAGGUAAUUAUUGAGUAUAAGUAAUAAAUUUACCAAUUCUAAUUAUAAAUAAAGUAAUCUUUAAUAAACCUGUUUAAAAUUGAUUUAAAUAUGAGUGAUGGAACCAACGAAAAAGUCCUUGCCAUUCUUGAAAACAUAAAAAAGGAUCAGAAUAUUCAAGAAGAAAAUGUGACUAAUAAUUCAAUGUCUGCAAAUAAUAGUAAUAGUGAUAAAAAUAAACCAAUUGCCGGCAAACCAAAAUCAGGAAGAUUUUGGAAAUCAAAAAAAAAUAAAUUUUCGACUAUAAACAAAACAAAAGGACUAAAACAAGAUUUCCAAAAGAAAACGGCUCUACGUUUAGAACUGAAACGCACAAAAGAACUAUCAAAACAGGUCUUGGAGGAAUUAAAACAGAAAGAAGUUAAUCGUAAAGAGCGGAGACGAGAAAACAUAAAACGUUCAGAAGAGAAUAAACGGAAAGCAGAAGUGGUACAAGUAAUAACAAACACAGCCAAGUUAAAAAGAAUGAAGAAGAAACAGUUACGUUUCAUUCAAAAGAGAGAUACUAAUACUGACAUUGAAUCCAAGAAUAAAUAACAUUCUUAUAUUUUUAUCUUGGUCUUAUGGUCUUUUCAUUUCUUAAAAUUUCAGUUUAUAGGAAUAUAAGAUACAGAUUAAAAUCUUUAGUCAUUCAAAACUUUACCUUUAAUAAAAACAUUGUUACAGCUUAUAGGUAAUAAUAUGCAUUGCAUUAUGAGCCCUAUUAUUCUUAAUAGACAGGUUAUAAUUGGAUAUGUCAAUGUAAUUUCAUUUCAUGGGUCAUAAAAUUUAGGAGGAUAUGAGAUUGUUAAAUAAUUUAAUUAGAAAUUAACAGUUCAUCAUGAUUAUAAAAUGAAACCAUUUAAUAGAAUCAUCUAAUAUUUUUAUUCAGUAUUGCCAGUUAUACAUCCACAGAUACAUAUAAAAAUAUUAAAUGUGUUUUCCCAGUUUUAUGGAUAGGUAAUGAGUUGUGUGAUAAUAUUUACAUACUCUUGGAAAUGGGUGAUGCAAAUCAAUUAACAUCAAACUUAUUCUAUUAUAUUAUACUCUUUAUGUACACCAAUGAAAAUGCCUGCAUGUGACCAAUGAAUUUAUAUAUAUAAAUAUGAGUAUCUAAAAAUACAUCAAAACUAUUUUAUUAAAGUUUCAGAAACAGAAAUUAUGUAAAUAACAAAUUCUGGUAUAAAAAUUUAGUUUUAAAAUUAUAACUAAUAAAAUAUGUAAUCAGAUUAUAGUAUAUGACUGUUACCCUUAGUUACUUUCCAAUAGAAGCCUCAAUAAAAUAAUAUCACUUGUCAACAUAAAUACUGCUCAUAUUAUUUGAUGUAUUCAUAAUUUUCACAUAAUAAACUUAUAAUUAACAAUUACAUAAUACAAAAUAAUGAUCUAUAAUUUAAUUUAAAUGUAAAUAAAAAAGUUAUAAAAAAUUAAAUCACACGUCCAAGUAUACCUAUCUCUUAGAUGUAGUGUCUUAACAUGUUUCAUUAAAUUCAAUCAAAUAAUUUACAACAACAAUACAGUUGUUAUAAUAAUAACAACAAUAGUUAGUAGCUUAUUCUAAUUAUUUUAGACUAACACUUUGUCUAUAAUACUCCAUUUAACAUACUUAUAGAAAAAUCUUCAUUGAAAACAUCAGUCUAAGGCAGUGACAACAAAUGACCAUAUUGAACAAAAUUGUCAUGGUUUAGAAAACAUAUUAUAAACAUAGUGUGAAGCAAAACAUAGACAUCACAUCAACAAAUUCUAUAUGUCAUAUUUAAAACAAUCUUCUUUAGAAAUACAAAAUCUAAAAGAAAGAUUCAAAUUCAUCUUAACUUUUAACAAAAUUUGAGACUCAUAGAAAGAUCUUAAACCUACACAUCAUAUUCGAAUUGUUAUUUUGUUCAUAAGAGAAAUAAAAUAGACCUUAAUGUAUGUAAUCAAAAGUUUUUUUUAUCAGCACAAUAGCACCUCCCACAAGUCUGGCAAUAUUACCAGGAUAAUUCAUAAUACCUUAUAAAAUUUGGGAGGGAUAAAAUCUUCGCAUUUAAACUGCUGACAUCCACUUUUCUGACACUGAGUGAAAACAUUCAACAGUUUUAUGGUAUGUACUUCAUAUUUGUCACCAUACUGUUUUCUUUAAAGUUGUUUUCGAUUAGAAUACUUAGGGUCAACAUGAUAAAUGACAUUUUGGUCUAUAAUGAAAGUAGGCAGAUAUCUUGAUUUGUUCAUGUUAAUGACCAAAACAAUAUAAUUACUAUUGAGUACUUGUGAAAUAUAUAUCAUUGUCAUGGAAUAAUUUAUUACAAGACUCCUGUGCUCCGGUCCUGAUACUGAAGCGUAAUAUAUUUGUUAUGUAGAGGUUUCUUAGUUACCCUGUGCUGUAACUUUCCAAAUUAUAAUAA